CAUUCAGAUUUUAGGUUUACUUACAGUUAAUUAUAUUUAUUAUUAAAAAUCAUAAUAGUGCAUAUCAUAUAAUGUUUAAUAUUAAACGCUGAAGAACUUGGAACACAUACAUCGUUCGAUCAUUGAUUAGAGUCAGCAGUGGAAACUCUUCAUUUAAUGCAGGCCAUCGGAAUCAAUAAUUUUUACCUGAACCACCCUGUGCCGAUAAACAUAUGUUUUCUACAUAAGUACAAUUUUUUUGUCUGAAGUUCCAAAGAGCUUGCAUAUUUCAUAAAACAAAAAUGUCUCGAUUACUGUUUUCCACGCGAAGAUUAUUACCGAAACAAGAGUUCUUGCUUGCCGGCACCUGCAUUGCGAGGCAAUCCAGAGGAAAAGCCUCAACCCCAGUGAACACAAUUGUUAUGUUUGUGCCGCAACAGGAGGCUUGGGUUGUCGAGCGCAUGGGUAGAUUUCAUAGAAUUCUCGAUCCCGGCCUCAAUAUUUUGGUGCCCAUUGCUGAUAAAAUCAAGUAUGUGCAGAGCUUAAAGGAAAUUGCGAUAGACGUUCCUAAACAAAGUGCGAUUACAUCCGAUAAUGUAACGCUUAGCAUAGAUGGCGUGCUUUACUUGCGGAUCAUAGAUCCCUAUAGAGCUUCAUAUGGUGUUGAGGAUCCAGAAUUUGCCAUUACUCAACUAGCGCAAACAACAAUGAGAUCGGAACUUGGCAAAAUGUCGUUGGACAAAGUGUUUCGGGAAAGAGAAUCCCUAAAUGUUAGCAUUGUCGAUUCAAUAAACAAAGCCAGCGAGGCUUGGGGAAUUGCCUGUUUGCGCUACGAGAUUCGCGACAUUCGGCUGCCAACUAGAGUUCACGAAGCGAUGCAAAUGCAAGUUGAAGCGGAAAGAAGAAAACGAGCAGCAAUCUUAGAAUCUGAAGGUGUCCGUGAAGCUGAAAUUAACAUUGCCGAAGGCAAAAGAAAAUCGAGAAUUCUUGCAUCCGAGGCUGAAAGGCAAGAGCACAUCAACAAAGCCAGCGGCGAGGCUGCUGCCAUGAUAGCAGUUGCCGAUGCUAGAGCUCGAAGUCUUCACGCAAUUGCAAAAUCUCUGGGACAUACGGACGGUAAAAAUGCAGCAUCUCUUACAUUGGCCGAGCAAUAUAUUGAAGCUUUCAAGAAGUUGGCAAAAUCAAAUAAUACAAUGAUCUUGCCAUCGAAUGCCGGAGAUGUAACUGGACUUGUUGCCCAAGCCAUGGCCGUUUACAGUACUGUAUCUAAGCAAUAUGUCGAUUCUUCAGCCCAAAAUGGAGACUGCUUAAGUAAGAAAGUUGAGUUCAAUGCGCUAACUGAGGAAAAGGAAAAUGUUAAAAUUAACGUUGAAUAAAAUUAAAUUUUAUUACAAAAUA